CCACCACCAAACAGCAAUUAGCUCGACGUCACUUCCGGCUUCAUGUUGACAACAAAAGAGUGGAAAGAGGAUCGAGAAAAAUCCUCGGCAGAGAGCAGCUACGACACGAUGAAGGUGCUCACAUCAGAGCAUGAUGUACAGGAGGAGAACGGCUCAAGUCUCACUGACUCCAACACUUAUCACAGCUGUGAUGAAGAAAACAAGGAGGAGGAGCCAUCUUACCUCCAGGAAGAACCUCCAUCUGACGCAGAUAAGGACCAUCCCAAGUCAGAGGGUGGAGUUGUGUGGAGGAUGGGCAGCGGCCUGUUCAACGUGACACGGAACGUUGUUGGUGCAACACUGGGCGGUGUCACGUGGGUAGGAAGCAAAAGUUUUGAGCUCACCAAGACAGCUGUGACCAGUGUACCCGCAGCAGGCGUGGGAUUGGUCAAAGGGAGUGUUUCCAUGGUGACAGGAGGCGUUGGCGCAGUGGGUUCAGCAGUGGCAAGUACAGUGACACCCAAGAAGAAGGACAAGGCGGACUGAAGGACUCUGGUGUUUAGGGUUCCCCAAAACCUAACUGUGUGUUCAGUUAUGCAGCUUUAAAGAUACAAAAUGCAGAUCAAUGUCCAUCAUCUUUACUGGAAAACCACAGGUGUAACAAAAACUAACACACCUUCAUUCAAACAUCCUGUGGUGUAUAAGAAUGUCUCAGGCAUCUGUGUUGAUUCCCACAGAAAAAAAAACCUAAAUCAAAACGGUAAUAAUUUAGCACAGAAAUGAACCACCCAAUCAGAACUCAGUGUGUGAGUCAUGUGAUUGAAUGUAAACAUUGCUAACAGCUGGUGACGGACAGUCUGCCUCUUUAUCUGCAUGGCUAAAUGCACAAAAACUCAACAGGAUCCAACGGCUACUCUUAAAAACACCAUCC